ACCCAACCCACCCACCAACCUGCAAAAAUGUCGACAGACAAAUCCGCCCGCCACUACAUCGAAGUCAUCUCCACACGACCCCAGAAACCCAUCGAAAUAGUCGACUACGACCCCUCCUGGCCAACCGCCUUCGUCUCCAUCGCUCAGCGCAUCAAAUCCGCCCUCGGCGCUAGAGCCCUGACAAUCAACCACGUCGGCUCAACCAGUAUCCCCGGCCUGGCCGCCAAAGCCAUCAUCGACGUCGACCUCGUCGUCCCGGACCCCACCGCCGAGGACGAGUACGUUCCGGCCUUGGAGGCAGCCGGGUUCCAGUUCCUCUUCCGCGAGCCGAACUGGUACGAGCAUCGGUUCUUUGGGCUGGCGGAGCCGUAUGCCAAUGUGCAUGUGUUUGGGCCGGGGGCGGGGGAGUUGAGUCGGCAUCAGCGGUUUCGGGACUGGUUGGUGUCGCAUCCGGAGGAUCGGGAGUUGUAUGUGCGGGCCAAACGGGAGUCUGCGCGGGAGAGUCGUGAGAACGGGGAGUCAGUGCAGGGGUAUAAUUUCCGAAAGGAGGGGUUAUUGAGGAGAUUAUGGUGCGCGCGGGGAUUCCGCUGCCAGGGACUGAUUAGCCUGUCUGCCUGCCACUGUUGAUAUGGCUGUGUCUCUAAGUCCUUGGGCAUCCUUACAUAUGCUCUAUCUAUGGAGGCAGUUUAAAUCAACCCGUAGAUAAAUCCCAGCUGAUCAAUCUCGUCCCCAUC